GCAGCGGGCCCCCAGGUGGAGCGGCAGGCAGCGGGCCCCCAGGCGGAGCGGCAGGCACCGGGCCCCCAGGCGGGGCGACGGGCACCGGGCCCCCAGGCGGGGCGACGGGCACCGGGCCCCCAGGCGGGGCGACGGGCAUCGGGGGCCCCCAGGCGGAGCGGUGGGGCGCCGGGCCCCCAGGAGGGGCGACAGGCAUCGGGCCCCCAGGCGGGGCGACAGGCAUCGGGCCCCCAGGCGGGGCGAAAGGCAUUGGGCCCCCAGGCGGGGCGACGGGCAUCGGGCCCCCAGGAGGGGCGACGGGCAUCGGGCCCCCAGGCGGAGCGGCGGGCGCCGGACCCCCAGGCGGAGCGACAGGUCUCGGGUCCCAGGAGGAGCGGCGGGCGCCGGACCCCCAGGCGGAGCGACAGGUCUCGGGCCCCCAGGCGGAGCGGCGGGCGCCGGACCCCCAGGCGGAGCGACAGGUCUCGGGCCCCCAGGCGGAGCGGCAGGUCUCGGGCC